AUGAAGAAUAUUAUAAUCUUGUGCUUCGUUUGUCUAGUUACUAUAAGUGAUACCAAUUCUUCCUCCGAUGGUAAGGAAAAAUGUGAAGGGAUAUAUGUACGCGAUAAAUUUCACAAAAAAGUCGUUAUAGGAAUGGGAUUGAAUAGGCCUUAUCAAUUGGCUUAUGAUCAUCAUAAUCAUAAAAUUUUCUUCAGCUAUAACAUCGGUAAAGAUGAUGAAGAUUCAUUUCAAAUUGGAUUCCUAGAAAAAGGUCACAUAAAACAUAAAGUUUUAAAAGAAGUAGAAAACGGAUUUGCGAUUGCGAUCAAUAACAAUGAUAACGUUGUUUAUUUCGGCGGUAGUGAUGGAAUAUACAAACAACAUCUUAAAAGUAAUGAUAGUGUCAUAGAAAAAAUCUUAAGCCAUCAAAACAUUUGGGAUAUGUUCUUCAAACAUCAUCUAUAUUUUAUCGCAUAUCCCUCGCAGAAAUUAUAUAAGUACGAACACCGUCAAAACAAAACAAUACCUGAACAUCAAAAAAUCAUUCAUGAAAAAAUAUUUCAAUUUGCAAUUGAUGGAGAUGAAGAUAAGUUUUUUACAAAUGAAACCGGCUUGUACAGGAUUAAAAACAGUACCGAUCAUCGAAUUUUUUACGAAGGACCUAAAGUAUAUCGAGCUAUCGAAAUAGAUAACAAAGGUGUACCCCAUUUUAGUGGUCAGAAUGGAAUUUUCGUCGUGAAUAAAAAAAAUGAUACACUGGAAAAAAUUGCACAUGUUAAAAAUAUAUUUGGUUUAGCGUUCGAUAAUGAUAACAAUAUUGUUUACUCGGACCCACAUGAAAUAGUUAAAUUAUUGCCAGAGGAUUGUUAAGCUACGCUGUUUUAAAUAAAAUCAGUUAUUAAUUCUGUGUAACAAAAGAUGUUAACAAAUCAAUUAAUAUUUUUAAAAUUAAUCAGUAAAUGACAUUUAA